UGUGUAUGUUAUUCAAAAUCUACCUCCCACCCUCCUCCAAGUAAAACUUAGCUGCAUCAAUGGACAAUGACACUGAAGAGUCGCUGAAGAAGAGGCAAGAGAAGAACCCAGUUCUAGGAGACUCUUCUCGCAAGAAUUUCUUGCAAGGGGAAGAUAUUCGGUUGGAAACCACACGAGCUAGAUUUGCAAAUGUUCUCAAGCGGCAUGGGGAAUUGUCAGAGCGUCUAUCUAGGGAUUCCGACAAGAUGAUAUUUGAGCGCUUGCAGAAAGAAUUUGAGGCUGCACGGGCAUCUCAAACUCAAGUAAAGAUGACUGUCCUUGAACAUACAGUUCCAUUCUUUUUGCCAAUACCAGACGCUGAAAAUGAUCUUCUAUCUUCCAAUACUAUGAGAUUUAUAGAUUAUGUUGGAGAACUUCUGCACUCUUAUGUUGACAGACGUGAACAGAUCCAUCUUUUGAGUUCUUUGAACUUCAAAGCAGUGAAUGCAAGUUUGACAAACAAGUUGUUGGCAUUUGAUUAUGCUAAAAUGUUCUAUUUUACAUGUCUUACCUUCUUUUCCUGUUAUUCUAUAGGUUCGGCGCUUUAUCACAGUCUUCCCUACCAUAUGAUAGGAUUUGUGCUGGACGAUUUUGAUUGCAAGGUGACAGUCAGUCUUAGAUAUGCUGACCUUGUGUCAAUACUUCCAACUAGAAUUAGAGUAUUCGCAUGA